AUGUUUGAAUCCGCUGUUUCCCUCUUCUCUGGCACCAACGCCACCAACACCGCAUUGAAAGCGCUGCAGGACCUUCAACAACACAAACCCCAGACUCGCUUCAUCCGCUUCCAAUGGCAGGACUCAUCUGGCGUUCUCAGAGGCCGUAUCUGCCCCAUUCAGUAUGCGCUGCAGCUGGCAACCACUGAGAAAAACAUCCGCCUAGCCCCCUCUGCUCUUCACUGCAUCGUCGAUAAUGAUUUCGCCCCAUGGCGCGAUCCCCGUGCUAUCCUUUUGCUGGUGGCAGAUUGGUCGUCGUUGAAAAUCAUCAAUGAGAACGCGCCCGGUCCUUCGUAUGCGACGGUGAUGUGUGGUGUUUUGGCCAGUUCGCCUGACGAUCCGAUUCCAAGCUACAACAUGUGUCCGCGAGGGGCACUAGAAACUGUCACCCGAAAGGCGUCUGAAAAACAUGGUGUGGAUUUCUUGGUUGGAUUCGAAGUGGAAUUCGAGAUCGUCAAGAUCGACGAGAGUGGAAAUGUCGUCCCCGCCAGUGCUGGAUUUGGCCGGUAUGCUAUUGAUGGACUGAAUGAUCCUGUCUUCAAGCACAUCGAAGAAGCUGCACAGGAGCUGUUAGACGCUGGCGUGGUGAUCCAGGAGAUUCACACCGAGGAAACCGUUGGACAGUACGAAAUCACCCUCGGACCCCUCCCACCACUGCAGGCAGUCGACCAGCUCGUCUUCGUCCACGAUACCCUCAAGCGGGUCUUUGCCCGACAAGGACUAAUCGCCAACAUGUCGCCGGUGACAUUCGCCAAAGAAGGACAAGGAACAGGCCAACACACACACGUCUCCAUCAACCCACCCAUCAAGGAAGAGCAAUUUCUUGCCGGUAUUCUCAAGCGACUCCCUGGAUUGUGCGCAUUUACUCUCCCCUACCAAGUCUCUUAUCCUCGCUUGAAACCAUGCUGUGGAGGCGACGCCGUGGCAUGGGGCACUCACCAACGCAGAGCCCCCAUCCGACGAAUGAACCCCGGGCACUGGGAGAUCAGAUGCGUUGAUGCAUCGGCAAACAUGUACAUCGCGCUGGCUGCCAUCUGCGGCGCAGGUCUGCUGGGCUAUGAGAAUGAUGAGCCGCUGAUCUGGCCGGAUACGGCUCUCGAUGAGCACGCUGCUGCCUUGGACACCGCAGAAAAGCUUCCACGAACAAUCGACGAGUCACUUGAUGCAUUAGAGGGGAGAGUCGAGGAUCUCCAGGGCAUGAUGGAAAGUAAGAUUGUCAGACAUUAUCUCGAGCUUAAGCGGUAUGAGGCAGAGCGAGUACGCGCUAUGGAUCCGAAAGAUGCCAAUGCGGCUUUUGUGAGGCUUUUCUAG